AUGGACGAGCUUCCCAAAGGGUUGGUGUCGACAACAGAACAGAUUCCAGCGACGCUUGAGGAUGUGACUGCGGUGGAUAUCGGCGACAUUGUGCAAUUGUGGAAGGCCUAUAGUGCAAAUGCCUCGGUCCACGAGGGUGACAUUGGUCACAGACUGGAGAAUUUCUUCUGGCGAAUCUGGAGCAGCGAUGACCUCUGUCGGUCGAUGGAUGGGUCUAGGCUCGCCAAGCUGUUUCUUCGCAUAUCAGAGGCUAGUCCAUUAUCUCUCGCCACUCCGAAGCCGACAACUGCCCAGGCACGAAAGGAACGACUUCACAUCAACGUGACCCCAAAUGAGGAUAAAUCGCCAUCUAGUAAUGGGUCUAAUCGCACGCCUAUGCCCCCACCCAUCUUGAAGAAGUCUAAUACAUCACACGGAGAGACGCAGAAAACCACGCGACUGCUCCUCACUGGAGUCGGGGGGCAAAGUAUCACCCGCAAACCGUCCACCCCUCCCACUCCGGUCCCUCCUCCUAACAGGAAGACUUAUUUUGUAGCGAGCAAAGGCAAGAGUACCAAGCGACGACCGGUGCCUAUGCGACGCAAGUCCUCCCAAACAUCCUCCGGUGCAAGUACUCGUGCGCAUAGUCCGCAACGGAUUCCAACUCCGCUGACCUCAACGUCCCCGGUUCACACUUCUGAACCGAGCAGUGACAGUACGGAGGAGGAGACAGCCGCGGAGGAACCUCCCGAUCCUUUUGAGGACACGAAAACAAUGACCAAACUGACUGAAAUGCCCGCAGCAUUUGUCACCAAUAUACAGAGCAUCCCGACCCCAUCACAAGAGAACAACACACCCCAACCCUCGUCCUCGUCGCUCGUCGACAAGGACUUUCGCACGCGCUUCGCGGAGAGACGACGUCAGGAAUACGAGGAACUGGCCUCGUCGCUCGGAGACGCUGCAGAUGCAGACGCCACUAAUGCCGCACCUCCAGCCACCACUAACGAUACCUCGAGAGCCGUACCCCCCAGCAUCCCCAUCUGCACGCCAUUUUCGAAGCCCGGACCCUCCUCGCCUGACGAGUGGGCGUCUUCCGCUGAGUCGGGGAUUCCUAUCAUGCCACCCAUUGGGUCUACGUUUAGUGCAGGGCGCGUGACGAGCGAGGCGGUCUCGUCGCCGCAGACGCCGAUGUCUGCGUCGAAAGGACGGAGUCAACUCAGCGUGUUGAUUGAGGAGAGUCGCAAUUCGUCAGAGGUAUAG